AUAAAUAUGAAUUAGAUAGAUAUGAAUCAGACAAAUAUGAAUUAGAUAAAUAUGAAUUAGAUAAAUAUGAAUUAGAUAAAUAUGAAUUAGAUAAAUAUGAAUUAGAUAAAUAUGAAUUUAGAUAA